UCUACCUGGCAAUGACUCCUUGUUCACCGAUGGGAUCUGGGCUAGUCAUUGCCCACAUAACACCUGGCAAAAUGAGCUGAGAUGCACAUGCUCACCAUAUUGCUCAUGGGACUGGAAACGGCUUCGGUAAAAGGUGGCUGUAUAAGGAUUGGAACUUUCCAGAGCACCUUGGAGCUGGCCCGGCACUUUUCAACAACAUUGGCUCAACAAGCAAAUCCCAGGGAGACUUCGCUGUCGUGCUUUAAAUUAUCCAGGAGAUAUUAUAGGUACAACAUCUCAUCGCCGGGUGCCGAUAGUAGACCAUCUAUAGCCGUUACGAUCAAAUCCACCUAUAUCGGCGUCAAUAUGACUCCACGCAAUCGAAAAGUCAAAUCACGCUUAUGCGAUAGACGAGAAGCAUGCGAGCGCAUAUCCUAGAAGGAAACCUCUUAUUUUCCAUCUCCGAUAAAGGGCGUGAUGAAUUGCACGAUGCCAGAGGGGAUCGCCAUCAAGCGGUGCUCCAGGUAUGCAUUAACAACGGGAUAUACGACGGACGGAUGACGACGACGCGCAAUCUCUACACCGUUGUAAUAAUGGCUGCACCGCAGUCCGACGAG